AGUCUUCAAUUUUGCUCAAAUCUGCCCCGCCCAGUCGGUCCGUGUCGGCGAUGCCCCGCUGCAUGUUGUGCGGGGCCCACGUCGGGGGGGCAGACGGACACUUUGACACUUGCUUCGAGCGGCACUGUCCUGUCUCGCCCCCGGUGGCGGCGCCGCUGUCUCGUCCACCCAUGCUGUUUUGGAUGGGCCGCGUGCCUCCGGAGCCGGCACUGCUAGUUCGCAACUACUUGGCACUCCCUGAGCGCUUGGCUUUGGCAUGCGGUUCAUGGCAUGCGAAGAUGCUUUGCGACGAUGAAGAGGCAUGGGACCAGUACGCCUCGACCUUGUGGGCCUCUUUGUGGGCCGCCGUGCCAGAUGGAACUUGCGGCUGCCGUUUCGCUUCUCCCCAACAUGUACGGAGUAUCGACCCCAAGACGAAAGCGCUUGUACUGUGGAAGAUCGAUUCGAUCACCACACUCCAGAUUCGAGUGAAGACGAUGUGUCAAGACUAUCGAAGCUUGAGUGUGGGGCCGCAUACGUCCGUUGCAGAACUCAAGGACCUGAUGGAGAUCAGGACAGGUCUGGUUCCAAAUGAGUGUGAGCUGAUUCAUGAGCAGAAGUUACUUCGUCAUCUAAAGGCCCCCAUUGCAGCGUACCUUUGGGUUUCAUUCCGCAGAGAUUUGGCUUCAUGGCAGAGGCCCUUGCGUCUCGAAAUGUUGCUGAGGCUGAAGCAGUUGCCAUGGUGCAGUGAAACUUGAAUGUUGAAUGAUGCGAAGUCAUGAAGAUUGGACAAAAUCUAUAGGUUUGGGGCCCUCGCUGUUUCUUUUCUUCAGAACUAUCCCAUGGCCAGGUGUUUUCUGGUUUGUAACCAAAGGAUUUUGUCUAUUCAUGUCUAUUCUCAAUGUACAGUUUAGGCUUUGCAGCAUGCAGUAUUGCUCUACAUCUCACCCUGUUGCGACAUCAAAAACGCUGCAAA